GUCCUCACUUCAGUGCUACAUCCAACAUACUGUGGUCCUUGUGUACUUCCCUUCCUGAAAUACAUAUUCAUUCUCUUAUCUUCACCGACCUUCCCAAAGAUUGGGAGAAUCCUAGGUGUUGCAAAUGGAGCAGGAGUUAAGCUUCAGGAAACUAGUAGAGAGUUCAGAGUGUCCAGAACAACUGAAAUACGACUUCGCCAAAAAUGGUGAACUGAAGCAUCUAGAUACCAAUGAGCCCUUUGUCUUUAAUUAUUUCAAAAAUGCACAUGAGAGUAACCAUAAACGCUAUCAAGUUCUGGGGCAACUUAUAACACAGUAUGUUUAUGAGCUCCUGGAAAGAGUCUGCAAGCUUCAGAAAGUCCACAUCCCAACAGAUGCUACAGAAGAUGAACCCAGGAGUUUCUUUUUCAUCAGCGAGAAAGCAUUAACUAAUUCCUCAAGCCUAAUCGUGCUCCUACAAGACCGUGGAGUCUUUCGGGCUGGUCAAUGGGGGCUAAAGACCAUAAUCCAUGAGGGCCUGGACCAUGGAACUCAAAUACCAUUCAUUAAAACAGCCCUUCAGUGCUAUGGAGGAGUGAUUGUUUUAAAUCCCAAUGACAAUUUCAUUGAUCUGAAGAUGGAAGAUGAGUGGUUAAGUUUAUCUACCAAGGAAGAAUCUUCCACUGUAAAUUCCUCCUGGUGGAUCCCAAAAAGGUGCAGCAGCAGCUCCGAAGAGCACACUAUUUACAUUUGGGAUAAUUUUAUUUCAAAGAGCGCAGCCAAGAAUGUGGCCUUCAUUGCCCAUGGCUAUGGAGGUUUGGUUUUCAUCAACCUGCUCAUUCAGAGAACAUGGGAAGUGAUGAAUAAAGUGUAUUCUGUGGCACUUAUUGACUCCAUGCACCACACGUUACACCAGGUGAAAAAUAAUCCAGAAGUGCAAGAAUGGAUACAGAAACAUUGCCGUGAAUGGGUAACAAACAGUAAACCUCUAGAUAGACCCACAGGUUCCCUUGUGAAAGUGGACUGUCCUACAGUCUCUGCUGGGACCGAAAAAUACAGUUUAGCACCAUCCUCCACCUUACAGGCCAUUUUCAAGUACCUGAAGAGCACACUGAAAGCUAAGAACACAGUAACUUUAUCUCGUUCUCCUAUUGUAACAAGGAGCAGUAAAAAUAAGAAGAGAAACAAUACAUGCUGAAGUUUUUCAGGACUCUUCUCUCUCUUUAAAACCACUCCAUGGAAGCUUGAAACUGAAGCUGCCAUGUUGGUUUCCUUGCACUGCAGAGUGAUUUAUGGCCAUAAGGGUGGUAUUGCAUUUCUGAUUUUAAAUGUUGUUGAAAAACUAAUUGGGAGAACAAAUAAAGUUAUCACCAAACAUUAGAAAAGUUUGGUCUUUUCUUUUUGGAAGCUAAUUCUUGCAAUUUCAAAAAAAUAAUUCAUGGGAGCUUUAAACUUGAGCUCUGCUGUUAUUCCUGCACUUUAAAAUGGUACAUAGUAACGGUGUGAAGUUGAGCCAGAGUUUACCUGUGUUGAUUCUGGAAGCUUAUGUUGUGAAGUCUGUGCAUAUCUAAGCUAAGUAGAUUUUGUCAGCAAAAAAUCCGUAAAUUUCACUGUAAAGGGCAAUUUGGCAUAUGAGAUUAAUGCUAAAGACCCCACAAAUCUAACAUUAGCCUAUCCACUCACCUGGCAAUGCCCAGCAGUUCCUUAUAUAUUCCCCAAUAUUUUUUCCAGUCUUGUUUUGGAUGUCUCAAGCACAGGGGCUUCUACUGCUUCCCUUUAAAGACUAGUCUGUCAUCUAAAGAUUCUUCACUGAACCAUACAUUACCACCUUCCUCCAGUCAGAGAAAUGAGAUAAUCUAAACAUAAUAUACAGUGGACCAAAUUUAUUAUCAGUGUCACUCCAAUGAAACCAGUGAGAUUACUCUAGUAAUUAAUUUGGCCUCAUUUAACUCCUUUUCAGACUGAAUUAUUGCGGUGGAAAUACUGCAGUGUAGUUACCUGGACGAAUUAAAAAAAAAUAGAAACUUGGCAUAAAAAAAAGCAACCUGUAAUUAAAAAAUGACCAUAUAUGAAAAAUUACAUUACUGUUUCUCCCCUUUCCUCGGCAGUCUCAUUUCAAACUGGGGUUGGGAGCAUAGAAAGAGCUCUUUACACCUCCAUAGUCAGAUUGUGCAAACUGAUUGAAUCUCGGCAUGUUGGCAAGUAAAAUAACCCCCAUUAUUUGUAUAGUAAAUGGAAACAAAAUGGCUAUUCUUGGCUCCUAUUUGCAUCAGUGGGAGUUAAGGAUGCUCAAGUCCUUUCAAGAUUGAGCGUUAAAAUAUGUCAGAACGUUAAUGUUUAGUUGUGGCCUCAGUUUCCAUUUUGGCCAGGAUCUUUUGAGGGUAUGGUUGUGCCUGAAGGAUGAGUAAUACUUUCCCUCUAUCCUUUUGCUCAAUGGUACACUUAACCACGCUCUGCUGCUGCUUCUAGGAAUUCCCACUCCACUGCUAGCAAUAAG